ACCCUAGCCCCAAUUAUGGUGUUUUGCCAAUUUGUUAUUUUUCGCAACACUGCAAAUUUCCGAAGCCGUCCGAUCUAAAUCGAACCACUGGACGAAAACUCGUCGUUAAACCUUGUCUUUCCUUCUCGGGAUUGGCAGCACGGUCGCCACCGAAUGGCAUCCUCCCGGCUGGUCCCGAGAGCCGGCGCUCCGCCGCCACCGUCCGCGAUGCGCACCACGCCGUCGGAGCGCCACCCCUUCACGGAGGUCCGAACCGUCGCGCGGGAGGCCGCGCCCUCGCUUCCAUGGGACGAGAAUUUAGAAGCGAUAAUCCUGGAGCACGAAGAAAAGGUCAACAAAUAUCAGGCUGUGCUUGCAGCAUAUCUGAAGGACAAAUACUCUAUCAAGGCUUCUGAUAAAGGAGGUAGGAGCCUUCGGCCCCAUUGCGCAGCUGUGCCGCAGUCCAGGUCCAGACAUCCUCAGGCCAACAACUCAGAAGCAAAAGACGUGGUCCAUGAAGAGAAUCAGUUUAUUACAGAAGCGGAAUACCUGGAUCAUGAAGAGAAGGUCAACAAAUACCAGGGUAUGCUUGCAGCACGUUUGAAGGCUAAAUACUUUUCUGGCGAGGCUUUUGAUGAAGAAUUGACAGGAGACAUGUUUGAAGAAAUUACUAUCCAGUCUGAGACCAUCAGAAUGAGCAGGUUGCCGUUUACAAGUUUAUUUGCAGAUCCAACAAAAUUUUGCUUAGAGAAGAGGGGCACCUAGAAGACAAUAUCUCCAUCUUUCACAGCUGCAUCCUCUGCCGAGGUGCAAUCCUCUUUCUGUUGCUGGUGAAACCUUUAAGAAGUAGGCACCUCAUUUGGCUGCAUGAAACUCCUGGCAAGUGGCCACUACCCUUGAAGAACGCCUUAUGAGAUUACUGGGCAGUUAAAUAACUAAUAAGUACUAGUAAAUGCUCUUCUUAAAGCAAGUAACCAUCAACAAUCCCAAACCAAUAGAGAUGUUAAUACAGCAAAGCCAGUCUGGUUCGUGUAGAAGGGUAACUACUAACUUCGACCUCUAUGGGUAUUUUCCCAUCUUUUGGGCCAGCACACUGAUACUGAUAUGAUAUGAUUCCCCAGGAGAGGUGUUUUCAA